GUGACAGUCACCUCUGUCUUUUCGAACAUUCAACACUAUCGUCAACUAAUAUUCCGCCAGACAAUCCAGGCAUUUUCUCGUUGCGUACAUUACCUGCACAUAUCCUAUCAAAAUCCUCACCGCCAUCACUUGCUUCAUUGCCUACAGUAGUACUCAGUCGGUUCUGCCUGCUUAGCCGUCAUCAUGUCAUGGGCCGGGUUCAAGAAGAAUGUCAACCGUGCUACCACCCAAGUCAUGAUGAAGACGGGUCAUGUGGAGAGGACAAACGAUCGUGACUAUGAAAUCGAAGAACGGCGAUACCGGACCAUGGAAGCUGCUGCCAACCGUCUACAAAAAGAAGCUAAAGGCUAUCUAGAUUCAUUACGAGCAAUGACUGCCUCCCAGAUGCGUAUUGCGGAGACAAUCGAUGCCUUCUACGGUGAUGCUGGAACGCGCGAUGGUGUGAGCAGGAGCUACAAACAGGCUGUGGAAGAUCUGGAUGCCGAAACGAUAAAAGCCUUGGAUGGGCCAUACAGAACUACCGUUCUUGAACCGAUCUCGCGCUUUUGUGCCUACUUCCCUGACAUCAAUGAGUGCAUCAAGAAACGCAAUCACAAGUUACUCGACUAUGAUUCUAUGCGAGCCAAGGUGAAGAAAUUGGUCGAGAAGCCAGACAAGGACGCUACAAAGCUUCCCAGAGCGGAGCGCGAAACUGAAAUUGCUAAGCAAGCAUACGAACAGUUGAAUGAACAACUUUUCACCGAACUCCCGCAACUUAUCGACCUGCGUGUACCUUAUCUGGAUCCUAGCUUUGAGGCUUUGGUCAAGAUCCAACUGCGUUUCUGUGCUGAGGCAUACUCUCGCAUGGCACAAGUGCAACAAUACCUUGACGCGGAAACAAGAGACCAGUAUGCUCGGGGCGACUUGGAUAACAAGGUAGAAGAAGUAUUGCAAGAGAUUCGUGAUUUGAGUAUAGCGGGAACUGUUUGAUCUGUGAAAUUAGUUGUAUCAUUGCUGGCCUGUUUAUCAUUUGCUCUACAGAACUAAUGCUGUCGAGGCUUGCCUACGGGUCUGUUAUCUCGCUUGUCCAAGGGUCUCCAGGCCUAGGAGUCAUUACAUAUUAUGUCAAAUUUUCUUGACCAGUAGGAUAAGAGAAGCAGAGUGUGUAUACUAGUUAAAAGCAGAUACGCCUAAG